AUGUCUCGUACUGUGCUUGAUAAACUUUUGACCGAUUCGUAUGCUCGCUAUCAAGUUCUAGAUCAUCGUGGCUUUCAUACACACACUGCCCACCAUUUAGCAUCUCUUCGUUGUUUAGGUGCUAGUGAUGAACGACUCGAACAACUCGCCAAAAUUAUGUGUGAAGAAAAUGCUCCGUACGAACCUUCACCUCAUGAAAUAACAAGUGCCAAUUGGCGACAAUCACUCGGCGAUGAACGCUUCUGCAAGGCAUAUCGAGAUUUCUUCGACCAACAAUUAAAAACUAGCGGAGAUAAAUGGUGUGAGAAAUUCCUCGAAUUACUGAAUGAUCAUAAACCAGAACCAUUGAUCAAUAGUCUCGUCAGUGGUUUGGCACAUCCUCUUAUUCAUGUUGGAUAUGCAUUAGAAUUAAACAGUCGCGAAGUCGCCUCGGAAGCAUUGACACUAAGUGCAGUGGGCUAUAACUAUCAUCAUGAAAUUAUCGACAAAUUAAAAGCACCAAAAGCUGGUUCAAAAUCUUUUCAAGAAAUCUUCAACAAUCUUCGCGCAGACGAUCGAUUGCCAUUAUUUGAUGCACCAGGAGUUGGUAAUCUAGAAGCGACUGUCAAAGAAUCAGUCGAUAUCGUUCUAUCGUACUUCGACCAAUGGCAAAUUAAUACGAAUAAUCUUGAAAAAACUAUUGAAGAUUUGUUUGACUUCAGCGUUUACCUUUACGGUGCUACACACAAACCGGAUCAAAUCGAUUUCGAUUUCUUUCUUCUUCAUUUGCUUACAUCAAUGCAUGCUAUUCGUAUGAUAUAUGUACAUUUAAAUGAACAACAGCUACCCGAGAAUAUUCUUUGGCAAUUCUUCUACAUUGCAAAUAUGAUUUAUAUUUCUCAAUGCCGACCUAAAAUCGAUAAAGGUCUUAUAGACAAUUACAAAAUUGAUGCUGGUGUAAAAACUUGGGAUUAUGUUAUCGAAAAAACAGUGAAUACAAAAUUAGCUGAAGAUGCUCAUUUGGUCAAAGUUAUCCGUACUUUAAGAGAUGCAGAAACUGUUUAUGGUCCUAAAGAUGGACUUUACUUGAAAACAGCUGUGAAAACUGUUGAUAAUGCUAAUAUAGACAAUAUUUGGAUUGGUGGACCAGUUAAUCCUCGACAGCUAAAUAUCCUCAAACGUCAAUAG